AUGGAGGCAACCCAACUCCUUCUCUCUCUCAUCGUCCUCUCAGUUCUCUCUCUCUCCUCCGCCCUCCCCACCCAAACCCUCGUCAACGCCGCUGAAAUCCUUUCAGAUUUCGGCUACACCUCUAUGGCUCUAACCCUUGACCUUGCAUCUCAAACCUCAUCCUCUCCCAAUCUUUUUCUCUCACCAUCUUCGCCCUCACCGACACCGCCUUCUCUCACUUCGGUCAGCCAUCGCUGA